AUGACACCGCAGUCGCACACAAUAGCACGGGAAGAGGGUCACGACGACAGGCACGCGGACAACAAAGAACCGUCUCCGGACCUUAGCCUCCGGCUCGGCAGAGUCGACACGACUGGUCACGGAUCCGAUGCGGCGCCUCCGUCGAGCGUCUCCGAAACACCGAUACGCAUCUUGGGGGUGCAGUAUGUGGGCGACGCCGACAACAGCGGUAGAGGCCACGACGACGACAACGACUGCGCCGGCGGAUACGAAGCUACGGAGUAUCACCAGCAGCAGCAAGUGCCGUGCGACGCGGGGCGAGGGCACAAAGCCGGCUCUUCUGCUGCUGCACCUAAACCUCACGCCCAAGACGCAUCGGACCAUGGUCGACAUGAGGACAUGGGCGCAUCCGACGAAGCUCCGCGUGCCAGCAACAUGAACCCCGCCGGCGAGCACACGACCGACCCGGCAAAGACGUGUCACAGGUGCGGGCGCGCCAGGACGCCGCAGUGGCGCAACGGGCCCGACGGCUACGGCACGCUCUGCAACGUCUGCGGUCUGCUAUUCUCCAAAAGGCAGGGCAAGGUCCUGGAUGCCUAA